AUGGUGAGCUUAAAAAGACUAAUUGGCAUGGCAAGGAAGUGGCAAAUAAUGGCGGGAAUCAAAAGGAGAGAGAUUUCUCCACCUACAGAUAAAAUGAGGCAUAAGGUAGCAGAUAAAGGUCACUUUGUGGUGUACACCAUUGACAAGACACGUUUCGUGGUACCAUUGACUUGUUUGAGGAACAACGUGUUCAGAGAGCUGUUGAGGAUGUCUGAGGAACACUUUGGACUCCCAACUGAUGGUCCAAUAAUCUUGCCCUGUGAGGCACCCUUCAUGGAAUAUGUUUUGUCGUUGGAGCUUCACCACGCACUGCAAAUAGUACCUUCCUUCGACUUUGGAUUUGGAUCUAAUUGUCUCGCACAUGUAUCUGCACCUCAUGCUCUCACUCUUGCCUAA